AUGUCCACCAGCAUGAACAUGGGCAGGGUCGUCUUCUACGAGGACAGGAACUUCCAGGGUCGUUCCUAUGAGUGCAGCAGCGACUGCGCUGACAUGUCCUCCUACCUGAGCAGGUGCCACUCCUGUAGGGUUCAGAGCGGCUGCUUCAUGGUCUAUGACCGCAACAACUACAUGGGAAACCAGUACUUCAUGAGGAGGGGAGAGUACUCUGACUUCCAGAGUAUGAUGGGAAUGACUGAUAUCAGGUCCUGCCGCACGAUCCCCAUGCACAGAGGAUCCUACAGAAUGAGGAUCUACGAGAGAGAUAACUUCGGAGGUCAGAUGCACGAGAUGAUGGACGACUGUGACUCCAUCAUGGACCGUUACCGUAUGUCCGACUGCCAGUCCUGCAACGUGAUGGAUGGCCACUGGCUGAUGUACGAGCAGCCCCACUUCAGAGGCAGGAUGAUUUACAUGAGGCCCGGAGAGUACAGAAACUUCAGGGAUAUGGGCAUGAGUGGCAUGAGGUUCAUGAGCAUGAGGCGUAUCACUGAUAUGUGCUAG